ACAGGACACGAAGCAUUUGCUAUCUUCUUUCCUUUUAUUAUUUUCAUGUGAAAGCUGGAGAGUAAACAUUCUCCCUGGCCAAAAGAAAAGGUCUUUGAAGGAAGGAAAAAAAAACAGACCCUAAAAUGGGUCUACUGAGUUCUAAAAACCGCGAGACCAAGCAAGCCCAGAUUCUUCUUUUGGGACUUGACUCAGCUGGGAAGUCUACCCUCCUUUACAAAUUAAAGCUUGCUAAGGGUAUUACGACCAUCCCAACAGUAGGUUUCAACGUGGAGAUGAUCGAGUUGGAAAAGAGUCUUUCACUCACGGUCUGGGAUGUUGGAGGACAGGAGAAAAUGAGAACCGUGUGGAAGUAUUACUGUGAGAACACCGAUGGGCUGAUGUAUGUUGUGGAUAGUACGGACAAGCAGCGACUGGAAGACUCCAGGAGAGAGCUGAAGCACAUUUUGAAGAAUGAACACAUUAAAAAUGUGCCUGUUGUCCUGUUAGCCAACAAACAGGAUGUACCUGGAGCUCUGACUGCCGAAGACAUCACCAGAACGUUCAGAGUGAAGAAGCUCUGCAGUGACAGGAACUGGUAUGUGCAACCCUGCUGUGCCAUCACCGGGGAUGGACUGAUGGAGGGGUUCAGGAAAUUGACUGGAUUUGUGAAAAGCCACAUGAAAUCAAGAGGAGACACUUUAGCAUUCUUUAAGCAGAACUGAGGUCCAAGCAGUGACAUACUGAUGAAAUUGAAAAGGUAAUUUUUUUCCUAUGCCAAGUGAGAAAAGCAAGUUGCCGAGUUAGCAAACUUUUCCUAAAAGGUUAUUUCACCUAAAUUCAGCUAAAAACUUAGAAUAAUAUCUAGAAAAUAUUAUUUUUAGUAAACUAUGUGGUAAUGGUAGUUGAGAAUAAAAUCUUACAAUUUUGUGCAUGUUGGAUGAAUAAGAAUAAUUGUG